GUGCUCGUGAGGGGCCGGCCGGCCGCCUAAUAAAAUCCACCCCACCAUCGCGGUGUCCCACUUCAGGGCGCUCGCGGUCGGCUCUGCCCUCGUGCUUCAGCUCCUUCUCACCUGAUCCUUCUGUCUCUCCCAACCGCGGACACCCGGCUUCCUGGUUACAUCUUCGGUGUUCUUUUCCUCUCUCCUUUCGCGGUUCAGCAUGCAGGAAAAAGAGGCCUCCUCACAAGGUUUCCUGCCUCACUUCCAACAUUUCGCCACGCAGGCCAUCCACGUGGGCCAGGAACCAGAGCAAUGGACCUCCAGAGCUCUAGUGCCCCCCAUCUCACUGUCCACCACGUUCAAGCAAGGGGCGCCUGGCCAGCACUCGGGUUUUGAAUAUAGCCGUUCUGGAAAUCCCACUAGGAAUUGCCUUGAAAAAGCAGUGGCAGCACUGGAUGGGGCUAAGUACUGUUUGGCCUUUGCUUCAGGUUUAGCAGCCACUGUAACUAUUACCCAUCUUUUAAAAGCAGGAGACCAAAUUAUUUGUAUGGAUGAUGUGUAUGGAGGUACAAACAGGUACUUCAGGCAAGUGGCGUCCGAAUUUGGAUUAAAGAGUUCUUUUGUUGAUUGUUCCAAAAUCAAAUUACUAGAGGCAGCAAUUACACCAGAAACCAAGCUUGUUUGGAUCGAAACCCCCACAAACCCCACCCAGAAGAUGAUUGACAUUGAAGCCUGUGCACAUAUUGUCCAUAAGCAUGGAGACAUUAUUUUGGUCGUGGAUAACACUUUUAUGUCACCAUAUUUCCAGCGCCCUUUGGCUCUGGGAGCUGAUAUUUGUAUGUAUUCUGCAACAAAAUACAUGAAUGGCCACAGUGAUGUUGUAAUGGGCCUGGUGUCUGUUAAUUGUGAAAGCCUUCAUAAUAGACUUCGUUUCUUGCAAAACUCUCUUGGAGCAGUUCCAUCUCCUAUUGAUUGUUACCUCUGCAAUCGAGGUCUGAAGACUCUACAUGUCCGAAUGGAAAAGCAUUUCAAAAAUGGAAUGGCAGUUGCCCAGUUCCUGGAAUCUAAUCCUUGCGUAGAAAAGGUUAUUUAUCCUGGGCUGCCCUCUCAUCCACAGCAUGAGUUGGUGAAGCGUCAGUGUACAGGUUGUACAGGGAUGGUCACCUUUUAUAUUAAGGGCACUCUUCAGCAUGCUGAGAUUUUCCUCAAGAACCUAAAGCUAUUUACUCUGGCCGAGAGCUUGGGAGGGUUCGAAAGCCUUGUUGAGCUUCCGGCAAUCAUGACUCAUGCAUCAGUUCUUAAGAGUGACAGACAUGUCCUUGGAAUUAGUGACACACUGAUUCGACUCUCUGUGGGCUUAGAGGAUGAGGAAGACCUACUGGAAGAUCUAGAUCAAGCUUUGAAGGCAGCACACCCUCCAAGUGGAAGUCACAGCUAGUAUUCCAGAGCUGCUAUUAGAAGCUGCUUCCUGUGAAGAUCAAAUCUUCCUGAGUAAUUAAAUGGACAAACAACGAGCCUUUGCAAAAUUUUCAAGUGGAAAUUUUAAGGCACCUCAUUAUCUUUCAUAACUGUAAUCUUCUUAGGGGUCAUCUCUGUUAAAAACUUUUCUGUAUGUCAUGUUACAAUUACAGGUCAAUUCUGUUAAUUUUUUUUGUUAAUUUUCCUGUAUGUUUGCCUCUGAAGGAGGUGAGAUUUGUGCUACUUUGGGAGAUUAUGUUCUUUUUUCAAGUCAAAGAUUUAUUUUGAUCAUGUUUAUAAUAUAAUGGUAAUUCAUUUGUGAUGUUUUGUGAGGAAUUUAAAUUUAAACGAAUGUUCUUAAAUCAAGUGUGAUUUUUUUGCAUAUCAUUGAAAAGAACAUUAAAAGCAAUGGUUUACACUUA